GCGCCUUUCUCAUUCUUUCUUUUUCUCUCUGUCUCCUCCUCUCCCUUCUUUUUUUUUUCUCCCUGGCUUAUUGUUUUGUUUUUCUCCCCUUUCCAGCCUCUCUGAGUGACUUCUGAAAAGCUCCACAGAGUGUGUGUGUGCGUUGUGUUUUUUUUUUUCUUCUCCUCUGUCAGAGCAAUGGCUGGAUGUGUGUGUGUGCGUGUCAGUGUGUGUGUGUGUGGGGGCACACUCUGUGCUGCACGGCAGUGGAGUAACUUGUGAGUCAGAGAAGAGUGAGGCAAGAGUUUUUCUGGGCGAGCGACAGUGGGCAAAGAGAGAAAGAGGGAAGAGAGGGGCAACUGGGCAUGCCGGAAGCAGGGGCAGGGGGCUGUUUGUGGCAUUACUGGGGCAGAUCCUAUGGGAGGAGAUUUAUGACACGCAGCUGUUGAGCACUUGACAGACGUGGGGUGUGUGAGAGGAUUCCUGUUGCUGCGCAGGAGCGCUGCCUUUGCCAACACACACACACACACACACACACGCUCAUCGGUGGAGAGUAAAGUGACUCACAUCGCAGCCUGCAACGACAAGGAUGGUGCGUGAGCAGUACGUCAGCACCACAGGGGACGACGGCGUCCCCGACACUAUCCCCGACUACCUGUACAAGAUCGGCAUCUAUGGCUGGAGGAAGCGCUGCCUCUACCUGUUCGUCCUCAUCCUCCUGGUCAUCCUGGUCAUCAACCUGGCCCUCACCAUCUGGAUCGUGCGGGUGAUGUGGUUCAACCCGGAAGGAAUGGGUCUUCUACAGGUGCAUCCCGAUGGCGUGAGGUUAGAGGGCGAGUCGGACUUUCUUUUUCCACUGUAUGCCGAGGAGAUCGACUCUAGAGAGGACUCGGCACUUCUGAUGCACUCCACUGAGAAUGUCACUCUUAACGCACGGAACGAGAAUGUGACAGGACGGGAUGUGACAGGACGUCUGUCUGUGGGGCCCAAGAAGGUGCAGGGAGACGUCCAGCAGCUGGUCAUCAAGUCCAUGAUCACUAAGAAGAUGCUGUUCCAGGCUGAUGGCAAAGAGGUAGUGGUGGGCACCAACAAGCUUCGCAUCACAGGACCUGAAGGCGCAAUAUUCCAGCACUCGGUGCAGACCCCCCUCCUCCGAGGCGAGAUGUCCAAGGAUCUGAGGCUGGAUGCUCCCACUCGCGCCCUCUUCAUGGAUGCUCCAGAUGAAGUACGCGUCAAAGCACUUUCUGGACACUUCUCCGCAACAUCCAAAAUGGACGUCCUCCUGCGCUCCAAUGAAGGCCUGCUGGUCCUAGAUGCUGAGAUGGUCCGGCUGCGUAACCUGCGCAAUGGCACAGCGGGCACAGGAGGCGCCCAGGGCCUGUAUGAGGUGUGUGUGUGCCCCAACAGCGGGAAGCUGUUCCUCUCCAAGGCUGGCGUCACCUCCACCUGCAGCAACAGUCAACAGUGCUAGCGGGGGCCCUGCACGCCGGGGGGUGGGGUGGGGU